GGUUGUGUGUGUGUGUGUGUGUGUGGUUGUGUGGGUGUGUGUGUGUGUGUGUGUGUGUGUGUGUGUGUGUGUGUGUGUGUGUGUGGUUGUGUGUGUGUGUGGGUGUGUGUGUGGUCACUACGCUGCAGGCUAUCCAUAGAGAUGAAUAGAAGAAACAUCUCCGUUUUGUUCUGUCUGUGCGUUCACGGCCGUUGAGGCAAUGUAGCUAGUAAAUGUUCUUCUUCACAAUUGGCUGUUCCCUCCUGAUGACCCGGUUGGACAUGACCCCCACAAGGGUAAUCUGGAGGGAUCAGCCACCCAGUUGACUACUUUAAAAUGGUGGAAGCCCUCAAUGGCGAUGUCCAUGCUAAAACACCGUUACAUCUAAGUUGUGUCCUCUAUCCAUUUUUAUGAAGCUAUCACUACUACGCAGUGUUCGUAGUUAGUAGCCACAGCCAACCUCUCACACUUGGGUUCUGCAUUGCUGUUUACAAAAUGGCUAUGGCUGUGGCUGAGUGGCUCUGGAUAAGUGUCUGCUAAAUGACCAAAAUGUAAUAUGUACAUUGCAGAAUGCACUGCCGUUUGGCAGUAUUGGGGGGCUCAGAAACGCUUUCACCACCUCCUCCUUUACAAGACACACGGUUCUCACAUUGUCUUGUUCCUCUUUUUAAUCUCAAAGGAGAGACAGACAUUUUGAUACGUUAUGAUGAGUAAAAACGUUUGUCUUUUCAAAUUGUUUUUUUUUUUUCACUUUUUUUUCCUGAUCACAUACUUUACUUGGGAACAUUUCAUGUGGUAUUUUAAUAUUGCAUUCUAUAUUUCAAUUGUAGCUUUCAGUUAUUUUACGCUAUUGCAAAAAAAUGAAACGGACUCCUCUUGUCUCUUGGUGACGUCACGCAAACAAUACUCUGAAACCGGAAGAGAGGAAAUCACACCGUUAUCUGUGGAUGUUUACAACGAAAGCAAAAAUGAAUCCUCCAAUUAUCAACUCUACUAAUUCGGUGACAACUUCUACUAAAAGAAAGCGAGAGGCCGAGCGCUCCGUCAACUGGACAGUGGAAGAGACCCAGGUGUUGCUGUGUGCCUGGAGUGACGAGCGAGUGCAGAAGAGCCUGGCAGAGAAUGUCCGGAACCGUCAUGUCUUCAAACACCUCUCAGCCCGCAUGUGUGACUUGGGCUUCUCCCGCAGCCCUCACCAGUGCCGGCUCCGCGUCAAGACCCUCAAGGCCAACUAUGUCAGAGCCAAGCUGCUGAUGAGCGUGGAUGACUCCCAGCCCUGCAGUUUCAGGUACUACUCUGAGAUGGAUGCUGUGCUGGGGAGAAAUCGCGCUAUGGAAGGGACUGGAGGAGGACGCCAUUUUGGAUCUCCUGAAGGCAUAAGAGGAUUAUUAGGAGGACGCCAUUUUGGGUCUGACUUGAUCGCAGAAACAGGCCACUAUUUGGGAUCUGAAGGGAUUGAAGGGAUUGGAGGAGGACGCCAUUUUGGAUCUCCUGAAGGCAUAGGAGGUUUAUUAGGAGGACGCCAUUUUGGAUCUCCUGCGGGGACAGCAGGACGGCAGUCACGGUAUAUGGUGUCUGAGAUGAAGGUGGAGGAGGAGGACAGGGAGGCAGACGACACCGACGACUACGAGUUCAACGGUGUAGGAAUCACCACUCGGUCACUGGUUGGUCCGGGUGGAAGACGCCAUGAUGCUUUUCUAGAGCACAGCAACGACUAUCAUGAACCUGCUGUUCAUCCAUUGGAGGAUGACCGCAGCUCCAGGUCAACACCGCCACCACCCCAGCCUGCUUCCCAUUUCUCUCCACCCCCAGACCAUAGCCCCAACCUGGGCAGAGGUAUCACCAUUCCCUCCACCCAGCCCCUAGAGCCUGUGUUGAAGCACCUGGCAGACUGCUUCCAGAGGCUGGUCUCAGAGUCCCGGGGUCUGAUGGUACAGCUGGAGGGCCAGAGGCAGGAGCAGGCUCGCUGGCAGCAGGACUUGCUCUCUCAGUGGCUGGAGAGGGAGGAGACGAGGCAGCGGGAGACGGCGGACAGGGAGGACCGGAGGGAGAAGGCCCGUAUGGCGCAUGAGAUUAGGGUACUGACGCUCCUCAGUGGCCUGGCCCAGAACCAGCAGAGACAGAAGCAGACACAACAUCACAGCUGCAGCUGUUGCCACCAGUGUAGCAGGGUGGAGGCGGUAGGUGAGGCUGCUGCCGGGCCCUCGACCAUCACCAGACAUGAUGAUGGAACUGAGGACAGAGACUGGACGGACUCAGAGGCCUUAUAGAAGAAAGGGUGGGGUACAGACCUGGGAUACAGACCUGGGAUACAGACCUGGGAUACAGACCUGGGACACAGACCUGGGAUACAGACCUGGGAUACAGACCUGGGAUACAGACCUGGGUUACAGACCUGGGAUACAGACCUGGGACACAGACCUGGGUCAUCUUAAGUUCAGGGGUGUGUAAUCUGCUCAUAUACUACGGCUGUGUUUUUGACCCCAGGUCUGGUGGGGGGUAAGCACUCCAUGCCUUUCAGAAUGUAUGUUGACCUCUUGUUGGAGUGUAGAGCCUACAUUAAAUACAUCUGUUUUUGUUAAUUGUUUUAUAAAAUGGUUUAACCUUGACGUUACGGGUUCAGUGGUCUCAGUGAAGCAACUGAAAUUCCGUAUUAUUCUCUCAACUUUUUUUUUUUACAAUCUACUUUAUUGUCAACUUCACCGAUAAACUGUAUCGGUGUUCAUAUGGUUCUCUUGUAUGGAUACUCUCAUCUGUCCUGUUCACUUUGCUGACAGGUUUGCUCUCCUGUGCUUCAUUCCAUUUUUGGUUUCGUUUGACACCUAAUGAACACACCCCAAGUAUGUAUGAGUGUUCCUGUUGAAAAGGUGUGAAUGUCUGUCAGCCUGCUCAGACUCUGUUUUUAGGAAGUCACCAUCACCAUCAUCAUGAUCAUCAUCGUCAGGGCUACUGCAGCGUCUCUCAUGGCCAAUAGACGUGUUGACGGCUAGUUGAAUAGGCAGGUGGUCUGAGAGGAGGUUAGCUAAUUACCACAGAGCUGCCCAACCAGGAGGUGUGAAGAACGAAACGUUGGAGGGGUUGAGGUCAAUUCACUAUCAACUCAGUCACUAUGGGAAAUUAAUUGAAAUUGCAAGAGAUUUGACAAGUGACUGAUAUUUUUUUUUUUACUGAGGGUUUUUCCUAUUUGUCCUGAAUUAAUAUUAAAAAGUGCCACUCCAGUC